CGCACAAUUGCUUUGGCGUCCAGCAGCUCCAUGAUGCGCAACGACAUGUCCGAGACAACGAGCUCGUCGGCCUCGUCCGCGUCGUUGAUCCGAUUCCUGGCACCCUCAGAACCGUCAUGGUUUGACGCAUCCCGGCUCCAUGACUUCAACAUCAUGCUCUCCCACAUCUCAGGGUCGUCCCGAUCACCCGAGUUCGUCCUCAAUGCGUCGCUGGCGGCAUUUGGCCAAGGAAGCCGAUAUUAUGUGUCCAAAACGUACGCAUCUUUCCGUGGGUUUCGUCGAGCUCUGUUCCGCGCGAUUGCCACUUCACGAAAAGGCAGUUGCACAUGCCAAGGGAUAGCGUGCGCAUUUGCCGAAGUUGGUGACAUGUACCUUCGCCCCCACACCUUGUCCGGUCUCGACAUUCUUGGAUUUGGCGUCUAUGGUUCGUCCGGCCGGAGGCAGAAUGAAGUCGCUGCAUUCGUCAUGGCGGUGGCAGCAACAUUGCAAAGGGUUGACAAAACACGAUGGUCCAACCAGUGCCUGUUCCUCAAGCUUGUCGCCUACUUCUUUGAAACCGCGACGCAAGUGUCGACCAAGUCGUCCAAGAUGGGCCGAAGCAAGCACAUGAACCUGUCACUAAGCGGGUGGCACCUCAACCGAACUCAAACCUACGGUGCCGGUAUCACGUAUGACUAGCCGGCAGCAUGCGAUCGGACAACACAUUCUCGUAAGAAUAAAACUCCCUAUUUAUCUG